CAUUCAAAGUUACUUUUGCGAAAUUCUGUUCUAAUUACACGCCCAGCGACGUCUCUUCUUGGGCUUCAGAGGAGAGAAAACCAAGAAGUAUAUGUAUAUAUGGGUGACAGACAUUCUUAGAAGGACGACAGAGCCCUAUAGGUAAGACGUCAGAAGAAUGAGUCUCUUUGCGCGAGAACGCCAGCAGGAACUGAACACGCUUGCCUGCUUGGCCAUGGGGUUAAAAGGCUGGAAGACAACUGUCGAGCUUCAUAAUGAUUCCUUUGCGUGCGGAAGGAUUGUUGAUGUUGAUGUGAAAAUGAAUAUUGAGAUGAGCGAAGUGAGAUACACAGAUGGAAAUGGAAAGAUGUUGAAAUUGGACAAUUUCCACGUGUCAGGACGGAGGAUCAGAUAUAUACACAUUCCAGAUCAGGUUGACAUAAUGAAGAUGAUAGAGAAUAAGGUCCUGCCAAACCAAACGCACAAGAAAGUCACCAAAAAGGCUCAGAUUGCUCUUAAGAGAACCCAACAGACGCUCAAAAGAUACCGGCGGGAACAGGAAGCCCAAGCCGGGGGAAGUAAAGAAGGAACGUAAAGCUUGUAAAGUUCCACUUCGAGAUGAAGCUUCUGUGUGCAGUUCCUGCAUCUUUUUUUUUUUUUUGUUACAUUCUCUCUUCUCUCUUCUCUUCUCUCUCCUCUUCUCUCUCCUCU